AACAAAAGUCAUUAAAUUACGUAGGGGCCCUCUCGCGACAGGAUAGUUCGUUUUGCCAACUACACUCGGAAGUAGUGGAACUGAACUGGCCCGGAGGUUAAUCAACGUUAAACAUCCAUAUUAAUACUAUCUACGAUUCAAUAUCCAGUAUCAGCAGCAGCUUAAUCCGUUUGUUUUGUUUUGUUUGAAUUUUAUUUUAUUUAACGCGGGAACUUAGCAAUUUCAUUUCUCCUUCUAAUUUCCACCUUUCUACUCUCCAAAAAAAAAAAAGGCAUUUAGGGUUUUGUUUCACCAAAUUUCCCAAUUUUUUCUUUAAUGGAAUCUUCCUUUUCUACACUUCAAUGGCUAUUGUAACAUCUAUCACCGGAAAACGCCCCCAUCGGUGGCUCUCCGUCAAUCACAACCAUCAAUCUCCCAAUUCUUCGCGAUUCAAAAGACAGAAAGUACCAACAGCCAUGUCUCACACGCCAUCACCAUCAUCCAAAACUACCAAUGCCACUGUUUCCAGAGUUUCCCGUUACCCUGAAACCAAGCAACCUUUUCACAGGGAAGUUCACGCUCCAUGUAGACCACGUAAAUUCGAUUAUUCGACGAAUUCCAGAUCAUCGGAAUCAAGCUUCAUUGCUAGAAGUAAGGGAAACUUGUUGAACGAAAAAUACCAGAAAGCAAAACAUUCUGCAUUAGCUACAGUUGCUUUGCGAGGAAAAGGAAAGGAAAAAGAUAAUCACAAGGUUGUUGUUGUUUCGGAAGAUUCAAAUGUCGAAGAUGUGCAAGAAGUGCGAACCCCGGUGAAGGACCACAAGUUGAAGGAGAAUGAGACGGUUCAUUUGGAUACUAAGGUUGAUGUAGUUCACGGUGAAAUUCAAAAACAGUCAAUUUCGUCUGCCGUUUCUGAGUUGAGUAAUGGUAAAUUGAAUGUCGUUGAUGCUGUGGAGAUGUUUGAUACUUUGUCUCUAAGUCCGAAGCAUGAUAUUUCAAGUAUUCGUGCCUACAAGAAGUUGCUUCAGGCUGUUAAUAAGCGAAAAGAUACAAUUGGUAGGUUGCGAUAUGAAAUUCAGCUUAAUGAGAAGCGUAGAUCCGCGUUUGAGUUGCGUCCAAAGAAGGAACUAGUAGAGGAAGUGCCCCGAGAACCUUUUGUUCCUCUUACAGAAGACGAAGAAGUUGAGGUUGCACGAGCCUUUAAAGCCAACUGGAAGAAGGUCUUGGUUUCUCAUGAGAAAUCCAAUAUUGAGAUAUCAGGCGAAAUGUUUCGGUGCCUUAGGCCGGGUGCAUGGUUAAACGAUGAGGUGAUAAACUUAUACCUUGAGUUGUUGAAAGAGCGGGAGAGCAGAGAGCAGCAGAAGUUUCUGAAAUGUCAUUUUUUCAAUACCUUUUUCUAUAAGAAGUUAAUAAGUGGCAAGAAUGGUUAUGAUUACAAAUCUGUGAAGAGAUGGACUACUCAGAAGAAAUUGGGAUAUGGCCUUCAUGAAUGUGAUAAAAUAUUUGUACCUAUUCACCAGGAGAUCCAUUGGUGCUUAGCUGUUAUCAAUAAGAAGGAAAAGAAAUUUCAGUAUCUUGACUCACUGAAAGGAAUAGAUACCCAAGUGCUGGAAGUGCUGGCUAGAUAUUUUGUAGAUGAAGUAAAGGACAAGACUGGGGAAGAUAUUGACGUUAGUUAUUGGGAAAAAGAAUUUGUUGAAGACCUUCCUGAACAGAAGAAUGGGUAUGAUUGUGGGGUGUUUAUGAUCAAAUACACCGACUUUUAUAGCAGAAGCCUGAGGCUGUGUUUCAACCAGGAACACAUGCCUUACUUCCGGCAUAGAACAGCGAAGGAAAUCUUGAGAUUGAAAGCUGACUAAGCAAGAGAAGAACAUGUCAGAAUUUGAGGAUACAAAACAUUUAUGUGAAUUAGCAGAUAACUUUUUGAUGGAGGAUCUUUCACUUCUGUCGCUAUCUUGAUGAUAACCAUUCCAGAGUUAUGGCAUUUCUUAUAUUGAUUGGUACACAGGUACAACUAGUGGUAGUGUAGAAUGCAGUAGAUUCGUAGCCCUUGUACAUGCUACACAGAAGUGAAUCCAUAGAUGAGGCAUUUCAUUUUGAGGUUGAGCUGUUAAUUGUGUAUAUCAAAAAAUGUGCUUCCUCGCCAUUUUUGGUGUCUGCUUUAACUAUUUGCUUCAGUUUCUACUGGGGUUUGGGACUUGAGAGCAAUGAAUAGCAUUGAUGAUUUAUUUUAUACUUUUUAUGUAUGUUGUCUAUGUCUAGAAUAACUACUUGGAAAUUUUUGUAAGUUGUGUAUUUGGAAAUUUGUAACAUUUUGAUAAAGUUUUAUUGGAUUAAUUAGUUUAAA